UUUCAGAAUCAGAAGGUGAUACUACGUCAUGAUUUUAAAUUUAUUACCUUAUCACAUACUUUAAGCAUUAAAAACAUGAUUCUAUCACAUAAAAUACGUCCUUAACAGAAACAACAUCAACUGAAAGAACGCGAAGUUCGUCUAGUCACGCUAAAAUAUGAACGCUUAAAACAUAAUCACGAAAUAAAUCUUGAAGUGUAACCUAAACCUAUAUGUUUUAUCCGCGCUACAAACAGAAUAGUUAUGUUUACUUAAACUGUUUAAAAGAAAAACAUUAAAAGUUAAGAAAAAAAUUGAGAAUGGAUUUCCUAUCGUAUUUAUCCAAGUAUAUAUUCCCCACUCUUCUAUCAAUGGGAAUAUACACACCUGAAGUUUCAAAAAAUAUUGAUUCAAAUUAUGAUUACAUCAUUGUUGGAGCUGGCUCAGCGGGAAGUGUCAUUGCUUCAAGGUUAUCUGAGGACGAAUGCGUGAAAGUUUUGCUCUUGGAAGCUGGACCUGAAGCUCAAAUUGCAUCUGAAGUGCCUUUAGCUGCUCACGAACUGCGAAAUUCUGUAAAUGAUUGGGCUUACAUGUCAGUUCCACAAAAAAAUGGAGCUCAGGGAUUUCCAAAUCAGCAAGUAUCUGUCCCCAGAGGUAAAGGAUUAGGUGGAUCGAGUUCAAUUAAUUAUGCGAUAUACACUAGGGGCAGCCAUAUGGAUUACGAUCAAUGGGCCAUCAAUGGUGCAACAGGUUGGUCUUGGAAGGAAGUUUUUCCUUAUUUCAAGAAAUCAGAAAAUAUGACUGACCUACAACUACUUAGAAACGGUUAUCAUGGUGCAAACGGAUAUUUAACUGUUCAAACUGCUCAAUACGAAAGCGUAAUAAUUAAUGCAUUUGCCGAUGCAGCUCCAGAAAUGGGAUACAAAUAUCGAGACACAAACGGAGCAUAUCACACUGGAUUUACAAGGAUACAAGGAACGACCAGGCAUGGAAGACGUUGUAGUGCGUCGAAAGCAUUUCUGAUUCCAGCUGAAAAUCGAGAAAAUUUGGAUAUCAUCAUUGAUGCUUUAGUAACUAAGAUACUAAUCGAUGAAAACAAUGAAGCAUAUGGCGUAAAGUUUGAAAUAAAUGAUCAAGAACAUGAAGUCUAUGCCAAUAAAGAGGUUAUAAUCUGCGCUGGUGCAUUUAAUUCUCCUCAUAUUUUGAUGCUCUCUGGAAUAGGCCAUAGAAGUCACUUAGAAGAAUUUGGUGUAAGUUUUAAAAUAAGAUAAUAUUGCAAAAAGAAUUUAAAAAUAGAUUCAAUUUCGAACUUGGUACGCUUUACGUCUGUAAGAAUUUACUAAUUUUAAUUUGCUUUUGACUGCUUAAAUGAUUGAAUCAUUUAUAUAAAAGAUGUGAGAUAUUUAAACAUCGUUUCUAAUAAGCUUCAUUUAUAAUCGUCAGAACAAUUUCAUUUUCCAUACUUUCUCUGAAACUUGUGCCCUUUAGUUCUGGUGGAAUUUUUCAAAAAUUAUGCAAAUUAUCGUUCAGCCACCUGUAGGAGGAGGAUAAUAAGAAAUUAUUCAAAUGUGUAAAAAUAUAACGCAAUUAAAUAUAAGCAGAAAUUAAAAAAAAAAAUUGAGACACACUUUUUUGCACAGUGCGUUAAAAAAGAUGAAUCACCCUGAAAAGAUGAAUCACCUUUUAACUGUUGAUCUUAUGAUCGGAUCUUCAUGUUCUAGGACUUAAUCUCAAGGGUUCGAAAGGCUGACCUCAUAUAUGCUAUUUUAUAAGUACAGACUAUAAUUGCAUGGGAUUAUUCUCAAAUUGGUCCAAGUUUUUUUGCACUCUAUGCGUAUUUAAUCACGUUCGGUGACUGAGUGGUAGCACUUUGCGCUCCCAUGCCACAGGUCACGGGUUCGAUUCUCGGGCCGUGCAAGGUUGACUCAGCCUUUCAUCCCUUCAGUGGGUGAUAAAUGAGUACCAAACAUGCUUGGGAAAUAAACACUGGGGACCCGCGGUGGGCUGACCACCUAACCGGAACAUCUGCUCCUGCACCCCAGAGCCCAAGGUCAAGUGAGAUGGACACAGUAGGCCUUGGCCCUUUAUGGGCUGUCGCGCCACUGAGUUUAGUUUAGUAUACGUAUUUAACCAGAAUACCCACGAUAAAAAAAUAGAAAAUCACCUAAGAUACUUGAAGAAAACCUUUUUGUGACUGUUAUUUGCGUCGAUCAACCACAUUGUGUGUAGAAAAAUUGCAUAUAUAUGAUGAAUCUUAAAUUUAUCUCUCAGUGUAAGCUAUAAGAUAAUUCUUUCAUCUUGAUAUAUUCCGAUUUUAAGCUUUGAAUUUCCUUAAUGUAAAUAAAUGAAAAUGUCCGCUAAUAAAAUUUUCCAAAAAAAUCUGCCUGGAACUUUCUAAAGUUUGUUUAUAAAUAGUAGAGUGAUUUGUUUUAGUACAGUGAUUAUAGAGAAGUAGUUAAGAAAAUAAAAACUUAGAUGAACCAGUUAACUUCUAAUUAUUGAUGAAACUAUAAGAAAUAUAUAAUAUAGAUAUGACGCUACUUGAUGAUGAUUUUUAAAGAGGUUUUUUAAGAAAUAUUGAAAACGCCCAGUUAAUAUCUUUUUUCUAUUCAUGUGAAAACAAAAAUAUAGAAUACGAAAAUGAAAAGCAUCAAAGUCAUUUUCUGGCAGAUUUUUUGCAUUUUUCUACAAGUACAUUCCGUGAUUCCAUCAUCGCUCCAAUAUCCUUUAUGCUUCGCAAACUAUUUGAUCUUCGCAACAGUAUUUUCCUUAAUAACGCUAAAAGAAAAUGUAUUAUGUUUCUCUUAUUUGAAUAUUAAUCCCUUCAGGACCAAGUUCAAAUGUGAUCACAAGAUUCUCUUUUCACGUUAUCUUAUAUGAAACAAAUCUUACUCUAGCGACCCAAGAUAACACCGACGUGAUCUCAAUGCGGAAAACUUCAUCUCUUAUUAAUCUAUUUGGGCACUCUUCAGUAUGCGUACGCUUGGAAUUUGCGGGCCAGGGGUAGAGCUUCUUUCUCCAAAUAUCGAUCCUAAAUAGAUUAAAGGGCGGGAGUACAACAAUUUUUGCCAAAAUAACUCAUAGCAUAUCAUGCAUCCAACUUAAAUCGUUAAGUACAAGCAGUUAAACUAGCUUAAUUGUGCCUACGCGGCCAUCGCGUUUGGGUACGCCUUAAUUACUUAAUCAAUUAAGAAUUUUUAUAUGCCUUCAACGAGUUAAAUUUGAGAAAUUUUUUUUUUUAUUUCUAAGUUAGCUCUACAGUAAUCCUUGUUAACCUACGAAUUUCUUUCACCUGUAAAUAUUUACUUCAUGAUUCCUAAUUCAAACUGGUUAUUCACACAUUCAAUGUUAUGCAAUCUGGUACGUUAAAUGUUAAAUAAUUGAAUAUAUUUGUUUUGACUUUUAAUUAUAAUUUCAAUAACAGAUGGAGCCACUGGUACUGUUAAUCAAGAAAGAUUUUUAUUUUUUUUUUCUUCCCUUUUUUUCAGUUUCAGUUUAGAUUUACUCAUUAUGUUGGUAAGAUGAGUAAUAUUUUAUGUUUUGGCAUUAUGGCCAUUGAAAUUUCAAUUACUCAUUUAUAAUUCAAUUAAAAAUAUUUCAAUGUUAUCUACAAAUCAUGCUCUGUUAAAUCAAUC